AUGUUAGGUCCACCUCAAUAUGAGGAUUACCCAUCUAUUGCACCUAUUGCUGUGCGAAAAGGUAUACGUUCUACUCGCAACUCCCACCCCAUAUAUACCUUCUUAAGUUAUGAUCGUCUAUCCUCUCCUUAUUAUGCCAUUGUUUCACAUUUAUCAUCUGGCACUAUUCCCAAAACAACCCAUCAAGCCCUUUCUGAUCCUGGCUGGCGGCAAACAAUGUUAACUGAGACGGAGGCUUUACAAGACAGUGGCACUUGGGAAUUAGUUCCUUUACCUCAUGGUAAAUUUGUUAUUGGUUGCAAAUGGAUUUACAUGGUGAAAGUAGGUCCAGAUGGUAAAGUUGAUCAUCUUAAAGCUCGACUUGUGGCUAAGGGAUACAUUCAAGUCUAUGGGUUAGACUAUACAGAUACUUUUUCCCCUGUUGCUAAAAUUGCCUCGGUUCGAUUGCUUCUUUCUAUGGCAGCUAUCAGUCAUUAG